AUGGAUGCAGGAAAGCCCAUCAGCAAGGGCUACUCAACGAGAGUCGAGGCAGAUAGGAUUUUUAACGGGUUGAUCAAUGACGCCGAGAGGCUGAAUCUCCCUCGCGAUGCACUCGGGAGCAAGGUGUUCUUCACCUCCUCGGCAGAUGAAAUCUAUUACCCCACCCCAUUCAAAGUGACAGAGACACUCGCCGCCCUGAAGGGUAUCGAGGGGGCGAUGGCGGCGGCUAUCGCAGACCUGCGCUUCGGGGCAAUGCCAGGUGGUAGGGAGAUCCGCGUCAGCCUCGAGAGAGCGACGCUAUUUGGGUUUCAGGCACUCCUUGCCAAAGUGGAUGGUUAUUCACAAUCGGACCCCGAAAUAAAAAGAUAUCUGAAAGACACCGACAUUCAUUCUGCCCAGUCGAACCUUUACCGCCGACGGGCUGCCAACAUGUAUCGAACCAAGAAUGAGGAUGAGUACUUCUUCCUGCACGGCUCAUUGAAUCCUACCAAAACACUAAACAUGAUCGGUCUUCCGAGCCAUCGGCCGGACCUGACGGAGUACCAUGAGAUUGUAGACCUCAUUGGUACACAGGUGGGAGAUUUCUCGGCCGCUGAGCUCGAAGAUCUCAAUCAAGAGUUUGGACAAGCUGGAGUGACAGUCUACACGCACGAGGAAUUUUGUGCUACACCGCAUGGCAAAGCUAACGUCAACGAGCCCUGGUGGACAGUCUCCCGCAUGCCGGGCGAUGUUCCUCCUACCCCAUUCCAGACAGGCAAAUCCAAUCGUGCGCUCGGUGGCAUCAAGGUACUGGAACUCUGCUGCGUCAUUGCUGGCCCCGUCAUUGGUCGUAUCCUCGCCGAGUAUGGGGCAGACGUCCUGAAGAUCACCUCCUUUUCCUCUGUCCCCGAUGUGCCGUUCUUCCAAGUGGACGGCAAUAUGGGCAAACACUCCGUCGACCUCGAUCUCAAGACUCCCAUAGGACGGCAGAAGUUCGAAAAGCUUCUGGAAGGGGCAGACGUAGUGAUUGAUGGGUUCCGGCCUGGUGUUCUGGAAAAACUAGGCUAUACUUCGUCCUCGUUGAGUGACAUGGCAACCCGUCGCGGGAAGGGGAUAGUCUACGUAGAUGAGAAUUGCUUCGGCCAUAUGGGCCGAUGGGCUGGUCGGCCUGGGUGGCAGCAGAUCGCCGAUUGUUUGACGGGAUUUGCGUGGGAGUUUGGGAAGUUCCUAGGCCACCGCGAACCUAUAGUGAGCCCUUGGCCGAUCGCCGACUACGGCGCGGGGUGUAUGGGCGCCAUCACGGCCUUGAUAGGGCUGUACAACCGCGCCCGAUUCGGUGGGUCAUAUCAUGGGAAGGUGUCGCUCAUGCAAUUCAAUCUCCUCCUUUUUGCGGUCGGACAAUACCCGGAAGAGAUACAAGCGAUGCUACGAGGAAGGGUAUCACACGCAUUCCGCAGCUUGCGUCAUUGCGAUGGCGUGGAUCAGAGCACCAGGAUUGCACUGGCGGACAUGCAGCAACAAUUCUCUGAGCUAUUCAAGUCCCCAGAACGUUCCACGCCGAAUAAGAACCUGACUGAGGUCUGGUACUCUCAUUGUUUUCGCACGGAUGUUGAGGUGGUGCGGUCCGUGGCUUGCGUUGAGGGGAUCGAGAAUUGUUUCGUGCGGGCGAGUCGCUGUAACGGAGCGGACUCCGACCCGUCAUGGAGCGCUUUUCAAUCGGUGGAGGACUUCCGGAAGGUGUGAGCUAUAGGAUUCGUCUGGUUCGAUG